GGAUGUUGCAAUCGGGGGAAAAAAUAGGAGGAAGUUGCAGGAUGACCGACAAGGAGACAUCUUGACCACAGCUUACAGACACAAAACACUGAACAAUUCUUUGGGUGGCCUAUAUCUUAAUUUGCCACCAUGUGGUAUGAAAUAUUACCAGGGUUUGGCAUUAUGACUGUGUGUCUGAUGAUCCCAGGAAUCGCUACAACAUAUAUUCACAGAUUCACAAAUGGUGGCAAGAAUAAAAGGGUCACCCGAGCUGCAUACUACUGCUACUUGCUGGAGAGAGACAAGAGGGUGUCUGGAACAGGAGUACAUUACGAAUCCAAGGGUCUUGAAAACAUUAAAUGAGGGACCAGGACUUCCUCCCUUCCAAGAAGAUGUAAAAUUGUUCAGUCAAAUUGUUAAAUAAAACUGUGUUGAUUUAUAUUCGA